ACUUUUCUCUUUCUAGAGUGUUUCCUUCUAAGUAUCAUUUCCUCUUGGUUUGACUUUUUGGAACUCCUUUUAUCUAAUUGUUGGAUAUUUUCAUAUCUUCCUAUUUCAAAUCUUCUUUAAUCUUUAUGCCUCUCACAACUCGGGAGUUUUUCUCUGGUUUUCCUUUUAAUUAUCUCUUCUAUUUUUCUGUUCGAUCUCUGGUGCCAAAUUUUUUUCAAUUCUCAAUUCCAUACAACUUUUGGUAAGUUUAUCUUGCUGGUCAUCCUUAUUAUUUUUCUCAAUUCCUCUAGGUUUCUUUUCUAUGGUUGACAACAUAUUUGACUUUUUACUAAAGUUGGCUAGUGCCACUUCACCUCUUCUGGAUCAAUUUGAUUCGAUCUCUCUUGCUUCAAUUACUAUUUCUGCUAUAGUUUUGGGUGGCUGACUCAAAAAUCCCAGCUACAAGAUAUUUUUUUGUGAAGAAUUCUGGAUAAUGGAGAUUUCAUUUUGUUACUGAUUAUGGGCAUACACUGUCGAGAUUUCUUUUAUUUACAAACUCAAGUUGAUCAAACUAUCUUGAAUUUGAAGAAGAAUGCUGAUGAUAUUUAGGAGAUAUAUUAAUAGUAAUUGAGUUAAUUAUGGUAAUAGGUGUUAUGGUUGAUUUGAGUUAUUAUGGUAGCCUAAUUCAGGCUUUAGAUUUCUUGGUCAAUGGGUUACCUAAUGUCUAUAAAAAGGCUACUUAUGUACUCAUAUUUAUAUCAUUUGAUAAUAUUUUCUCUUCCAAUCUCUCUUUUUCAUGCUUUAACUUCAAUAAACAAUAUUUAUAAUAUAAAUUGCUUCAUUAAAAACUUUACUAGGAGAACUCAAUAGAACAAAACCUUCCUUAAAGAAAAGAGAGUACAUCGUGUCUUUUACUCCACUUAAUAAGAACGCCACUUUAUGUCUUUGAAUUGGUGCAUCCCAAUACCAUACAACAACUUUUCAAACGUGGUAGUUGAUAAUGCCUUAGUGAACAAAUUUGCCAGAUUAUCAAAUAAACGAAUUUAUUGAAUAUCUAUAUCACCAUUCUUUUGAAGAUCAUGAGUGAAAAAAAAAGAUUUUAAUGAAAUAUGUUUCGUUCUAUCUCCUUUGAUGUAUCCUCUUUUAAUUUAGCUAUGCAGGCUACAUUAUCUUUGCAUAAUAUUUUUGGGAUCUUUUGUACUAGAGAUAAACAACACAUCUUCUGGGUAUGUUGAGUUAUGCACCUUAGUCAAAUACAUUCUCAACUGGCCUCAUGCACUACAAUUAUUCCUACAUGAUUUGAUGAGGUGGCAGCUAAAGCUUUUUCUGUGGAAUGCCAUGAUAUACUUGUAUGCGCACAUGUAAAUAAAUAAUCAGUCUGAGA